AUGCAAAUUGAAGACCUGUUUACAUUGGUUUUGUUUGUUUUUGCUUGCAAAUUUGAUCAAAUAUGUUCCUUAACGAAUGAAAACACUUGUACACCCACAUCAGCUGGGAAUAGUUCUAUAGAUGACGUACCUGCUAUUAACAGCGCUUUGUUAACAUGUGGCAACGGAGGAACGAUUAUCAUCUCUUCAAAUACAAUAUUCAUGAUUCGAAGUCCGCUUGACUUCGCUAAUUGUCGACAAUGCAGCUUUCAAAUCGAAGGAACGCUUAAAAAUAUCACUGGUGCUACCAUUCAAUCGUUAACUGGAAUGGGAAUUAUUGACGGAAGCGGGCAAGUCAAUGCUUCAAAUAUUACGUUCAAUAACAUCAAACUGAAAGAUGCCCCGAUGAUUGCUGUAUCGACAUCUGUCAAUGAUCCUAAGAACACUGACGGUUUUGACAUCGGUGAAUGUUCUCACGUUACAUUAAAUAACAUUCACGUGACAAAUGGCGACGAUUGCGUGGCGUUUGAAAAUGGCGCAAACUACAUCACGGUCAACAAUAUCACUUGUGUCGGAUCACAUGGUGUAUCUGUCGGAAGUCUCGGUCUAGGUGCCGGGGAGACGUACGUAGUGCAAAAUGUGUACGUAUCUAAAAUCAAGAUGAUUAAUUGCUCCAAAGCAGCUGGUAUCAAAUUGUGGCCCGGAGGUUCAUCUCAUGGAUCAGUAUUUGUGACUAAUGUGACAUAUGAUGGUGUGAUCGUGGACAAUUGCGAUUACGCUUUUCAGAUAAUGAACUGUUAUGAAUCGGAGAGUAAAACAUGUGAGAAACAUCCGUCGACAGCUCGACUCUCCCGAAUUCAUCUGAUGAACUUUACGGGGAAAACAUCAAGAAAAUACGAACCUCACGUUGCCAAUAUCGAUUGUCCACCGAACGGAACUUGUGAUUUAACGUUUACAGGAUGGGAUAUUAUCGCUCCGCACCGAAAAUCAGUUGUUCUUUGUGCUCACUAUGAUCAUCCUUCUGGUGUAAAAUGUACACCAGGUGCUUUCGGGUGA